AUGCCCGGACGACAAGGCGAUGGGCGCGCUAUGACUGCUGCUGUCUCUGGCGCACCCACCGACGCGCGUACGACGAGGGCUGAGCUGCAUUGGGACCAAUGGCUCAUCCGGAGCAAUGACCUAGUACUCAAGGCCUUGCAUAGCGAAUUAUAUUGA